UUCGAAUGAUGAAGAUGAAGACGAGAGAUUCAUUCGAUUCAAUUUCGAAUCUAUUUCAAAUGUGUAAUUCGAUAAAAAGUAUUGACGCAGUGUCUAUGAAAUUGUUGAAUUACGAUUCUUGAGAAUAAUUUUAAAUAUCAGGUUUGCCAGUCGACAAAUCCGGUUGAUCUAGAGGUUUUUUCUAGACAAGAACUUUCCCCGCGAAAAAAGAAAAGGUGUGUGAACGACAUUUACUCAUUAGGAAUAUGUGUUGUAAAUAAUUUUGAAAAUGGCAAGAAUCGUCAAUUUAUUCAAGAAUAUCAGGAAUAAUUGGAAGAAGUCGCUGUUCGGUGCUGCUAUUCUGACUUAUGGCACUUCUUAUGGACUUGAUGUUUAUCAAACAAAUUUAUUAAUGAGAGCUUAUUGCGAGGAGGCGGUCAAAUUUGGAAAUGAACCACUCCCUCCUGCACGUAAACCUAGACAUAUUACCAUUAUUUUGAAUCCAACAGCUAAAAAACGAAAGGCGAAAAAAUUAUUCGAAAAAUACUGCGAGCCUCUGCUCCACUUAGCUGGCAUUGCAGUGACAAUUAUCCAGACAGAACAAGAAGGUCAUGCUCGUUCCCUGAUAGAAAACAUGAAUACUGCAACGGAUGCUAUACUAGUAGCAGGUGGAGAUGGUACUCUUCUGGAUGUGGUGACAGGUCUGAUGAGAAAGUACGAGGGGAACAGAGCGUAUGCUAAGCAGUGUCCCAUCGGGAUUCUUCCCCUGGGGGAAACAAACAGAAUAGCUGACACAAUGUUCCUCAGAGGGUACGAGAAUCACAGGAUCAUCCAUGAGAUGGCCGAUGCCACGAUGGCAGCUGUCAAAGGAGAAACAAAAAUGGUCGACGUCGUGAAAGUCGAACCCCUGAAUAAUGAUCCUGAAAAUGUAAUAAGACCAAUUUAUGCUGUUGGAGCUGUAGAAUGGGGUGCCUGGAGGGAUGCUCAUGCUCGGAAAGAUAAAUACUGGUAUUGGGGGUCUCUCAGAAGAUAUAUGACAUACAUCUUCAAUGGAAUAAAAAAAGACGUAAAUUGGGAGAUAAAUGGUACCCUAAGGUACUCCGAGCCCUGCAGUGGUUGCUCCACGUGUUAUGAUGACAAUCACAGCAUCGAGAGGAUUGAAAAAAGGUGGUGGCACGUAUUCAUUCCACGAAGAACAGCGUACGCCAAAAAUGAAAUCGAUUACAGUAAAGUUCAGAAUGAUAAGUGUGGACAGUACAAUGAAAUACCCAUUAAUGCAACAGAAAUCAGUUUAAUAACUAGUAACGUUAAGAAUCCGGUUAAGGAAGGCCCACCGUCUGUCAAAUUACAUUUAGGUCCAGAGUACGUUAGUUACACAGAUUUCGUUAGCGAAGGCUGGAGAAGAAUAAAAGGGGAAAAAACACUUAUAAAUAAAAUAGUAGAGGCCAAAGAUAUCGAACUCUUGCCCAACACUGGAGACGACUCCAGUGACAAGCAACAAUAUUUCUCAAUAGACAACGAGGAAUUCGAGAUGAAGCCUGUCAAGAUAAAGCUAUUGUCUAAAGCUGUAAAAAUGUUUUCGCUGUAAUUACACGAUCUAUACAAUU